GUUGAACCAAAGUGCACAGCUCUUCCAUGCAUUAUCAUCCAUUAUAUUAGUCACGUUUCGUCUUUCAUUCUUUAUUCUUUAGUUGGGGAGAGAGAGAGAGAGAGUCGGCGAUGGAAAACGGCGGCGGGUCGAAGAGGUGGGGAUUUGGACGGAACAAGGAAAUUCUGAGAGCCUCCGCAUUCAGCAUCCGAGGAAUUCUCGGGUCUGUAAUCCAAAAUCUCAACCCGGAUGACACUCGACCAGUUAUCCCUCUCGGCCAUGGCGACCCUUCUGCUUUUCCCUGCUUUCGUACCCCCUCCGAAGCCCAAACCGCCAUCUCCGACGCCGUUCAUUCCGCUAAGUUCAACGGUUAUGCCCCUACCGUCGGCCUUCUUCCCGCUAGACAGGCAAUAGCUGAGUACCUUUCUCAGGAUCUCCCAUAUAAGCUAUCACCUGAUGAUGUUAACCUGACAAUUGGAUGCACGCAAGCGAUUGAAAUCACUUUAGCUGUUCUUGCUCGCCCAAAUGCUAAUAUUUUACUUCCAAGGCCAGGCUUUCCAUACUAUGAAGCUAGGGCAGCUCAUAGCAAUAUUGAAAUCCGCCACUUUGAUCUUCUUCCAGAAAGUGAUUGGGAAGUGGACCUUAAUGCUGUUGAAGCUCUGGCAGAUGAAAAUACCGCUGCAAUGGUGAUUAUCAACCCGGGUAAUCCAUGUGGAAAUGUCUUCAAGUACCAGCAUCUUAAGAAGAUUGCAGAGACUGCAAGAAAGCUUGGGAUUCUUGUAAUCGCUGAUGAAGUUUAUGACCAUCUUACUUUUGGAGAUAACCCCUUUGUGCCCAUGGGAGUUUUUGGAUCAAUAUCUCCAGUUAUUACUGUUGGAUCAAUAUCAAAGAGGUGGAUUGUUCCAGGUUGGCGACUUGGGUGGCUUGUUACAAAUGAUACCAAUGGGAUCCUCAAGGAACAAGGGGUUACAGAUUGCAUCACCCGGCUUCAGAAUAUUUCGUCUGACCCUGCAACUUUUAUUCAGGGAGCAAUUCCUGAUAUUCUUCAAAAGACCAAACCAGAUUUUUUCCCUAAAAUCAUUAAUAUACUUAGAGAAGCUGCAGACAUCUGCUAUGGCAGAAUCAAGGAGAUCCCGUGCCUCACGUGCCCGAGCAAACCUGAAGGAUCUAUGUUUGUAAUGGUUAAACUUAACCUGAAUCUCUUGGAAGACAUUGUAGAUGAUUUUGACUUCUGUCUCAAGCUGGCUAAGGAGGAAUCUGUGAUAAUUAUGCCAGGUUUUGGGGUGGGACUCAAGAAUUGGCUCCGAAUAACGUUUGCGAUUGAGCCACCAUCUCUUGAGGAUGGGCUUGCAAGGCUCAAAGCUUUUUAUCAAAGGCAUGCCAAGGAAUUAUGAGGCUGCUCUUCAAACUCGGGAUUUAACCAAAUGAUGGUCUCCAACUUCUUGUUGGAUCUCACGCUCGAUCGCGCUGGAAGGAUAAUAAGAUGCUUGCUUGUUCAACAAUAUACUGUUGAAGAAAGACAUCUAAUGUAUUGGCUUGAAACACUUCUAUUCAUCUUUAGAUUUGCAGAAA